CUUACUUGCUUGAUUACACCGUCGUUUUUGAAGAGACUUCCUGGUCGGUCAUCCACAUUCUCGCUCCGCCAUGGCGUACCAUAUGAUCUUCAGAUUCCGGCAGCCUCGUCGUCGUUUUGAACUGGCUUCACAGUUUGUGAUGAGUGAUCAAAGUAGAGCAAAGAAGAGUGUCUUCGGUGAACGAAGCGCUGGUGAAGAAGUUCAAGAAGCUGGUGUUUCCUCUGCAGUUGAUAUAAUUUCAGCGAUCGAAUUUGAUAAUUCUGGAAACCAUCUUGCUACUGGGGACCGUGGAGGAAGAGUUGUUCUUUUCGAGAGAACCGAUACCAAUAAUAGUAGUGGAACCAGAAGAGAGCUUGAAGAAGCUGAUUAUCCACUGAGGCAUCCAGAGUUUCGUUAUAAAACAGAGUUUCAGAGUCAUGACCCUGAGUUUGAUUACCUCAAGAGUUUGGAGAUAGAGGAGAAAAUUAACAAAAUUAGAUGGUGUCAAACAGCAAAUGGAGCUCUUUUUCUCCUAUCAACAAAUGAUAAAACCAUCAAGUUUUGGAAGGUUCAAGACAAGAAGAUCAAGAAAAUUUGUGAUAUGAAUUCAGAUCCUUCAAGAGCUAUAGGAAAUGGAACCAUUGCAAGCUCGAGCAAUUCAAACAUUACAAGUUCAUGCCUUGUGAAUGGAGGAGUAUCUGAAGUGAACAACUCCUUAUGUACUGACUUCUCUUUGCCACCAGGAGGCAUCUCUUCGCUGCGAUUACCAGUGGUAACUAGCCAUGAGUCAAGCCCUAUGGCUAGAUGUCGAAGAGUAUAUGCUCAUGCUCAUGAUUAUCAUAUUAAUUCAAUCUCAAAUAACAGUGACGGCGAAACAUUUAUUUCUGCUGAUGAUUUGCGAAUAAAUCUUUGGAAUCUGGAAAUUAGCAAUCAAAGUUUCAAUAUUGUUGAUGUCAAGCCUGCGAAAAUGGAAGAUCUAUCUGAGGUUAUCACAUCAGCAGAAUUUCAUCCUACCCAUUGCAAUAUGUUAGCCUAUAGCAGUUCGAAAGGUUCAAUUCGCCUGAUUGAUCUGCGCCAAUCAGCUUUAUGUGAUUCACAUUCAAAAUUGUUUGAGGAACCAGAGCAAGCAGGUCCUAAAUCGUUCUUCACUGAGAUAAUUGCUUCAGUCUCAGACAUCAAAUUUGCAAAAGAAGGAAGAUAUCUACUCAGCCGUGACUACAUGACACUUAAGUUAUGGGACAUCAACAUGGACGCAGGUCCAGUAGCAACUUUCCAGGUUCAUGAAUAUUUGAAACCAAAGCUCUGUGAUUUAUAUGAAAAUGAUUCCAUCUUUGACAAGUUCGAGUGUUGUAUAAGUGGCAAUGGUUUGCGAGCAGCUACGGGUUCUUACAGCAAUCUGUUCCGUGUGUUUGGUGUUGCCCCGGGAAGUACUGAGACUGCAACCUUAGAAGCAAGCAGAAACCCAAUGAGGAGACAUGUCCCAAUUCCGUCGAGGCCAUCCAGAACACUUAGCAGUAUAACGCGUGUUGUAAGUAGAGGAUCAGAGAGUCCUGGAGUCGAUGGAAAUACUAAUGCUCUUGAUUACACAACAAAGCUGCUGCAUCUUGCUUGGCAUCCAAAUGAGAACUCAAUUGCUUGCGCUGCUGCAAAUAGCUUGUACAUGUACUAUGCUUAACUCAAAACUCAGCAAAAAGAAAAAGCAGAAAAGGCGCAUCUCCUUGCUCUAGACUCUGUUUUUCUUGGUUCCUUAUGGUUUGAUUAAUGGGGGAUUGCUAUAUACAUCAUUACCAUCAUCAUUGUCACUCACACAUGAUCUGUAAUCAUCAACGCGGACUUCUGGGGAAAUG